CAGAAAGUUUUUGGUAGAAGUGUCGCUAGCUUUUUUGGGGGGUAUUGACGUCGGCGCUGAUGUUUAACGACAGGUUUAAGCGCUAACUCCGGUCAUCGGGAGAGUUAGUAAACAUUAUCAAAGCGGUUUCUUCUUUAAAAAUAUAACAUCACAAAGUGUGCUUACGCCGGUCGGCUUUGUAGCACACUCAGGAAGCAAUCUGUAAAGGUUGCUAAGCUAACCUUACUUAUUGUCCUAUUUUUCACAAAAUGGCAACCAGGAAACCCAAGCAAAGUGAUGCCGGCCUUCCUUUUGCUGCACUCCAGCUGCUGGCCCCGCCUGUGCGUCUGGUUUCUGCAGCCCUCUGGAAAGUGAUGAAGCAGAGGGAUGUGAUGCAGUACGGGGCCGUGGAGGAGUUUGUGACCUCAGCCUGUGAGACCGUCCCCGGCCUGCUCACCUUAAGACAUCAGGGGAAACUGGCGCUGGGACUGAGAGCACGGUUAAUCUUGGAGCUGUGCCACGCACAAUCGGAUGCAAAGGUGAUUGAGACGCACCUGAAAAGGAUCCGUGCACCUGCCCCCCCUUCACACUCCUCAGCUCCUACCGUGAAGAAGGAUUUGAAAAUUAUGAACACAGUCGAACGUUUCCAUGCAUUGGUUCAAACGCUGCUAACAGAACCUGCAGAGAGAGAACAGUUCUUCAAGGAGGAGUUUCCCGUGGAUUAUGGUCCCACGUUUGACCAGGAACUGGAGAAGCUGCUGUGGGAGUUUCUAAUUCGACUGGACCAGAUGCUCCCUGUUCCUAAUUUAGCUCAGACUGUGUCGUGGCUCAGUGAUGCCCCCCCUGUCCUGGAGGAGUGUGCACGAGCAGCCACCCAACCCCAGCUCCUGGAGAUUUUGCUUAAGCAUCAAACCUGUCUAGGUCACCUGGAGACAGCAGCAUCACUCCCUCCAAACAUGGGAGACUCCAUCCUGGCUUCACUCUCUCUGCCGCCCUCUGGAAGAGUCCCUUCAAACCAACCAACAGGACCCAGAAAGUCUUUUGAGUCUAAUGGCACACAGAUAAAAGACAAUACACCAUUUAUUACACCUGUUAUUGGACUAAUAUCUAAUGACGAUGUUCCUUUUUUGAAACAUCGUAAAGAGAUGGCCAGCUCAAAAGGAGCCACAAGUGUGAACUUUUACUCAAAGCAGAGCCCAAAAUUUACAUCUCUUAAACCGAAGCAAAAGUCCAAAGAUGAUGGAGAGAAAGAGGAUGGCCAGCAGGCGGAGAAGGAGGAGGAGAGGAAUUCCCCGAAAAGAAGCAAUGGAGUGAAACGCAAGCAGCCUGACGGAAGAGAGAGUGCGUCUGAAGAAGAGGAUGAAGUGUUAUGCGUAAGAACACCUGUGAAAAUGAGAAUGAGCGGAAGUUCGAGGUAUGGUGGAAGUGCCCAGAGAGUAAACGAGAGUGAAAAAGACAGAGCGGAAACCGGAAAAGAUGAGGGGUGUAAAGCAACGGCCCUGGAAACCCGUAUGAAGCAGCUGGGCGUCAGAACGCUGCACCUACCCGAAGAUCCAUCCCUCCGCUCCAUUUUUGUUUCGUGUCUCAACAGCCAGCCUAAAGUUAUUAUCGAAAAACUGUCAGUGACUCCUGCCGGCGUUAAGGUGACUGAUCGAGGAGGACAUUCCUCAUACAAGCAUCAGCAGAGAAGGAAAUCACCCGUCAAAGCCCCCACACAUAAAAGCAACCAACCUCAAAAGCUUGACUCAGACUUUCCUGGCUUGGAUGAUAAAGAAAAUCACCCCGUAUUACCGAGUCUAAGCAGCUCCUCCUCUCACCAGCGGAGUCACACAGAGACGUCGGUCCCGCCAGGUGACGGCGAAGAUUACGUGGCUGAUUCUGAAGAUGAGGCGACAAAGAACUUUAAAGGCAGACUGUUUGUGAAGCGCUACUACAAAACCAAACACGGCACUUAUGUACCAACUCUGAGGGAGUACUGGAAACCCGGGAUGACACGGAGGGAUUUGGCCCCUCGCACUAAACGCAGAUGAUGACACGGAUCUUCGAUGCCAAGUUCAGUGUUGGGAAACCGCCAGGAAAAUACCAGAAGACUCACUGGUUUUCUCCUCAAGCUAUAUAAACUGAAAGCAAAAAAUUUAGUUUAAAAAAAAAAAAGAUAGUUACCUUUGUAUUGUUUUGUUUUCAUUGUAAUAUGAAUUUCAACUGAGGGUUGAUUUUUUUUAUUUAAAUAAGCUGUCUGUCAUAGAAAACAAGCCCUUAUCCCUGAUUAUGAGCAUUAUCAUGAAGGCUAAACUGUUACUUUAGUUCAUGAAUUUUUCUGUUACUGUAAAUAAAUUAUUAUGAUCAAACUUAUAAAUAUUUUAAACCUGAAAUGUAUUACAUGCUUAAUCAAU